UUCGACUCGCACCUCAUGCGUGGGUUCGGAGACAGACUCUUCACAAGUCUCAAAGAAUUCGGCCGAUGAGGAUCCAGUCGGGAUUAAUUGGGGAUUACUCGGCUCUUGAAGUUUCGUAGCGGAAGAGUGGUGAUCACGUUGUUUCCGUUUCCGACUUGGAAUAUGGAUGAUCUCGUUACUUAGGGAUUAUGCGAAAGUGUAGGGUUCUUUGUGUAGGUGCAUCUGAAGAACUUCUGUAGAAAGCGGGCCACAUCAGCCCGUAUUCUUACAAUGAAUUAUCAGAAAAGUCUGGCAGCAUGCACUUUGAUAUAUUACAUCUUUAUAGUUAUUCUAACAUUUGGAAAAAAUGCAUCGACAAUCAAAAUUCGUCCAGAAUCAUGUACCAAUGCAAUGGGAGAAAAAGGUACCUGCAUGUUUGUUUGGCAAUGCAUUAAGCAGGACGGGAUUCAGCUUGGACCUUGCGUUGAUCGGUUCCUUGUUGGAACAUGUUGUUCUCUACCAAAGGAAGAAGACAACUUAGUCCCUGGUUCUUCUGGAUCAUCAUCCAAUUCAUCUACAUUACCUCCAUUUUCUCCUACCAAAGGGGAUACAUUCACCAAAGUAAAGCCUGCAGCUUCUAGUGUGCAAAUGACUGUAACUAAACCACCGAUGGUCAUGACUUCUGCUCCUUUGGCGGUUGGUACUGGAUCAAUUACCGUUGGAACAGUGCCUUCUUCUCUAGUUCAACCUAUUGCGUCAUCACUAAUUGCUCAAGAUACUACAGCUCAUUCAAGUCUUACAACAAAACCACCAACGGUUGGCGAUUUCUCGGCAUGUGGCAUCCCAUCUCCCCAUCCGAAGAUGAAAGUAGUUGGUGGAACACAUUCUUCAUUUGGAGAAUGGCCGUGGCAGGUGUCUGUGAGAAGAUCUUCAUUCUUUGGAUUCGCUAGUACGCACCGUUGUGGUGGAGCAAUUCUAAACGCGAACUGGAUUGCAACUGCUGGUCAUUGCGUGGAUGA